AUGCCUUUCGGCAAGAAACGCAAGCGCAGAGCCUCUGACAGGUCUGAUGACGAUAAUCCGAUAAGAGACUCCACUGCCACCGCGAGUGGCUUCGGAGUAGCUCAUACUUUAUCGCUCAUUCAGGGUUCUAAUACCUCUGCACCGGCGUCAGCUCCCCCAGAGUCGUGCCCAGCGACCGCGGUGGCUGAGUCGGAGAAAGAGGCCUCUGCCGAAUUGAAAUCAGUUGAGAAGAACGGUGUGGUGAAGAAAAAGAGGAGGGGUGCUGAUGGCGAGAGGAUCAAAUACCCCAGUUUGACCUAUGUCGAGGGUCGUCUGCAGUCGUCUAUUCGGAUAUCUGAUCUUCAGGGAUUGCUGCUCUAUUGCUUUUCGGAUGGUAUCGCGCCACAAUGGAUCUCGAUAAAGCACUCCGGCCACGUCCGCAAGAUCGUGGUCUUAAUGGUCCCUGGUUUGGAGCUGGGCAUGUUUGAUGGCUCGGUACCACUAGAGGACAAGCCAGUCAGUGCGGAUCAGGGAGAGUCUGCAGACUCAAAAGCUGCCGGAGAAAAUCAAACAGAAUCCAAUAUGGAUGAUUUCACGCGAUGGAAGCAAGGUCUUCCCCCUGCCGACAAAUCUAAGCGAUUCAACCCACGCCCUCUGUCACGAGAGAAUCUCCCUGAACCGCUCCAGCCCAUGGCGGACAUGUUUCCCCAUAUCUGGCCUGUGAAAGCACCGGGUGACUCGAAAUACAACAAGAUUCAUUCACCUCUGCAGGCAAUACUGCUAUCUGCCUUACCGAAGUCCAAGGAACACGAGAAUCAGAAGGGACCUAAGCCGCCGAGAGUCGACAAGAACUGGGUGCCGAAACGCACACCCGUCACGACCUUUAUUAGUUCAGUUGAGGCACUCCGUGAGAAUGACUAUGUGCUCCAUCCUGCUUUUUUUGAAACCGAAAAAGAGCGGCAGGCAGAGGCAGCAAUCCGCCAGCGGUUAGGUCAAACUGCAGAAGAGGGAUGGGUUGACACCCACGUCCAGUCGCUCUCAGAGGGUGACGUUCCCGAUUCAGAGAUCCAGCAGGGCAGCAUGACCGCCGGACGGGACGUGCUGGCGCUGGACUGUGAAAUGUGCAUCACUGAGGGUGGCAAGUCUGAGCUGACACGGAUCAGUCUCGUGAGUUGGGAUGGAGAGGUGGUGAUGGAUGAGCUUGUGAAACCAGAACGACCGGUGAUCGACUAUCUAACGCGAUUUUCCGGUAUCACCAAGGAGAAACUGGAUCCUGUGACCACGACCCUUGCUGAUAUUCAAAAGAAACUCCUUGAGAUCCUGACUCCUCGAACUAUACUAGUCGGACAUUCUCUCAACUCCGACCUGAACGCUCUCAAGCUCACUCACCCGUUCAUCAUUGACACAGCUAUCAUCUACCCUCACCCGCGCGGACCGCCUCUCAAAUGCAGUCUGAAAUGGCUGACGCAGAAAUACCUGGGAAAGGAGAUCCAGAAAGGCCAGACGGGCCAUGACUCCGUCGAGGAUGCGCGCGCUGUCCUCGAGCUGGUCAAACAAAAAUGCGAGAAAGGCGAGCUCUGGGGCACGAGUGACGCAUCGAACGAGAGCAUCUUUCGGCGAUUAAGCCGGUCUGUCAAAGCUGGAACGACCGAAGGGCGUACCGGCGCUGUCGUUGACUGGGGCAGUCCUGAGCGAGGGUAUGGAUCCCAGGCGACCGUUGCCAUCGGAUGCAAUAACGAUGAGGAGGUCGUCAAGGGCAUCGAGAGGGCCGUCUGUGGUGAUGAGUCCGAUCCCCGCAUCCCGAAAGGGGGCGUGGAUUUCGUCUGGGCCCGACUUCGAGAGCUCGAAGUGCUCCGUGGCUGGUGCAAUCGGCGUCCGGAUCCGAACAACGCCAACGAAUCGACGACGUUCAUUCCUCCGCCGGAAGAGACCAUCUUGAACGCAUCGGCAAGCACUGAUCCAUCUGCAUCGACAUUUACCCCUCCUUCCACAUCCACCCUCGCGGCGACAGUGUCCAAGACCGUAUCCGACAUCGCUAAGAUCUACGAGUCCUUACCGCCCUGCACGAUCUUCAUCGUGUACUCCGGCACGGGCGACCCGCGCGAAGUCAGCCGGCUGCAAGCAAUGCACAAGAUCUACCGAGCCGAGUUCAACUCCCGCAAACCGUGGGACGAGUUGACUGUGAAAUGGACAGACCGGGAGGAGCAAGCGCUCAAGCGAGCGUGCGAAAAGGCGAGGGAAGGCUGUGGGUUCUUGUGCGUGAAGUAA